CGUAGGAGUUGUCGGGCUUUAAGCAGCUAGCGUACGCGGGCGCGGCUAUACGACUUUUGCAGCCGUGGGCGGGAGACGGUCAUCCGGUACGGACAGUGGAGGCAUGGUCUGCGUCGCGCUGCACAGCUGACUGCGAGGACGGCACCAUGGCACCUGUCAGAGAAGGCGUGAUCUUCUGCACGGACACGAUGGCGUGCAUGAACCUGCCCGGCUACACGUGCAAGGGCGGCCGCUGCGUGUGCGAGCCGCAGCGAGACACGGGCCUCUUCUCCUGCUUCGGCGGCAGCCAGUACGGCGAGCGGUGCCGCUUCGACGAGGACUGCGGCUACCACGACGAGGUGCUGGUGUGCUCCCGCGCAGACUCCAGGACCUGCCGCUGCCCCAGGGGCCUCGUCUGGGACGACCACUCGCGGAAGUGCUACGCCGUCGGCGACACCUACGGCAGCAAAUUUGAUGCUGUGAGGGAUCUAAUCAUACCUGGUAUUAUUGUGAUGACUAUAGGAGCAAUGGUGUAUCUUGGUAUCAAACUCUUCUGCAACUGCGGUAAACUGUGGAGAAGACGAAGGAGACGGCCUGAUUUAUCCCAUGAGCUGGAUGAUUCACAUCAACAAGCCACUUGGGUAGCUUCUUACAGAGUUUUCAGUCCAUUAAGCAACGGUGAGUCGAGACCGUCACCAGUUCUCUCUCCGAGUUCCUCAUUCCCACUGCACCCAGCGCCGUGCAUGGGUCUCUUCUUGCCGGCAGGAUCGCUGCCAGGACCAGGUGCUCCUGCAGCGCCAGCUGCUGGCAGCGCACCGUCACCACCGUCGUAUGAAGAGUCUCUUAAGCACAAGGUGAUACUCAGUAGCUAUCCCCUGACUGUGGUGUUACCACCAGCAGGGACUCCAGGGUCUGUGGGAGCUGCCCUGGCUCCUAUACCAGCAGUUCCGACACCUGCACCCAGCCCCGGCACUCCUGGUGACUGACAUGUGACUCUGUACUGCGGUGGCUUUCUGCCUCUGUGUUUGUAUAGUGCCUUUCAAAGCAGCACUCCAGGUGUCAUAAAGCCAGUUCUCUGAGAAAGGCAGUGUGCCAUUUGCUGUGGAGUCAUGUUGUUGGAGUGCAUCAGUACUUCAGUUUUGUGGGUAUUAUACUUCUUAAAUUCCUAUACAAAUAUGUAUUUCGCAAGCAGCAUUUUUUUCACAGCUGCAAGAAAUCACAAAGCUUAUGACAUCAGCAGCUAUUAGGACUGAGUAAUGACAAGGCACUAAUUAUUUGAAAUCGAGAUUCAUUACACUGUAAAAAUAUUAUUCUGUCUUGUAUAGGGGCAUUUCCACAUUCAUUCUUACACAAUAUGAUGUGAGGACUGAAACGUAACUGUAGUUAUAAGAGCACUGAAAUUACAGAUUAAGAUGUCAAAAUGUACAGGCCACAUGAGCUACAAAAGAAAAGACUGUAUUGAAGCAGAAAUUGUGAACAGGGUGUACAGCAACAUAAAACUUUAUAAUAAAAUAAUUUGAAGAUUU